AUGGGCAGUGGCCCUUUCCUACAAAACCAGGGCGACUUGGGCCAACAGCAGCUCGGCCAGGCCCCAAUGAACAUGUCGGGGGGCAUCAACCCCAAUCCAGCAAUGGGCAUGCUGCCGGCGUCGAACAUGUCGCUCCAGCAACCAAACCAACGAUUCCUUAUGCAGGGUGGUCCUCAGCAGCAACUGCAGCACGGCCAGCAGCCAGGGCGCCCUAAUAUGAUUCGACCAGGUCAAGGCCCUCAGCAGAUGAUCCCCGCCCCGAAUGCCGCUGGGGGUCCUCAUAUGGCUGGUCUCAACCCUCAGGUUCAAAACGUGGGUUUCCCCACCCAGGGGAUGUCAAACCAACAAAUGCCCGGAAACCAUAUCCGACGAGUCCCUUCUCAAAGCCAUAUGGUCCCGCCAAAUAUGAACCCUGUCGUGUCGGGGGGUAUGGGUAUCCCGCAAGGCGUCCCGCCACCGAUGCAGCAUCAAGCGAACCAAAUGCGCCUUCAACACCAGCAACAGCAACAACGACAGCAAAUGGCAGCAGCAGCCGCUCGACAGAUGGGUGGAGGGAGUCAGAUGAUGAAUCCAGGGAUGGGAGGGGGAGGAGUGGGUCAAGGGCCAGUGAUGAAUAGUCUGCAGCAACCAGGAUCGAUGGGACCUCAGCCGCACCCUAUGUUCCCGAAUGGAGUCCCAAACCAGCCAUCUCAGCUAGCAGCAUCACCGCGACCAAACUCUCUUCCGCCAAAUGCGCUGGGCAUGGGUUCCUCAGGUCCUCAAAUUCCCGUCAACCGAGCGUCUAUGACCCCAGACAACUCCAGCGCGAUGGGCUUUUUGGCUCCUCCGCAGCAUCAACCUCAGCCAGUACCUCAACCUCCACAAACGGCCGGUACUCCUGCUUCACAUGCGUCACCCCUUCCGUCAAAUCCUGCCGACCAACUCGCACACCCCUCCAGGCCACAAUCGCGACCACAAUCGCAGCCUCAACACCACUCCAACCCGCAAAUGCCCCCUCAAAGCACCCCUUCACGUACACAGACGCCACGAUCCGCGCACCCUUCCUUACCUCCGAAUGCUCCGGGAAUGCCUGGCCAACCGCCCUCAUUACAACAAGGCGUUCGGAUACCGCCUCCUCCCGGUGCUGGACCUCACCCUCGACAACAGACGCCCGUAUCAGCUGGCGGACAUGGACCUCAACCUCCUCAAGGCAUGUUGCAGCCGCAGCUGACGGGUGGUGGGCAGCAGCAGCAACCCCAGCAUCAACCACAGCCGGGCAUGGUUGCUGGUCCACCACCACCCCCGCCUUCUCAGCAGCAACAGCCGCAACCUGGUGGCAUGGUUGUUCGACAGCCUCCGCCAGGAAACAUUCCGCUCCCGCCACAGGGUAUCCAGAACAUGCCCGCACCUGCCCCGAUGCCUCUGCAACCCCAACCCCCUUCGAGGAACCAAUACUCGUCUGUCAUUGGAAGUGGACAAGGCCUAAUACGCUUGCUUCAGUUCAGCGGGAUACUCUCCAGCGAGAACAAAAACAAACUUCAAUUGUCGUGGUGGAACGAUCUUGUAAAGGAAUACUUCACGCCAAAAGCCGUCAUGAGGUUUACGCUCUGGAAAGACAACCAAAAGAACGAAGCGAAACCAUUCGAAAUCAACCUACCCAUCCUUCCUCGGUUCUUCCUCGUAACGACGCAAUCCGGCGUCAAGUCAAUGACCCUAGCGCUCGACGGCGCUCGGGAGCGGAUCUACGCCCAAGGUCACGCCAUUGUGGAAUGCGUCGCUGCUGUGUGGACAUACAAGUAUACCAAUGGAUAUACGGUCACGUUACGGGGGCCCUUAACUGCCCAUGUCGUCGUCACUGCAACGAACCCGCCAAACCCUCAGGCGCCCAACCAAGGCAGUUACAUGCUCAAAUUCGAAGAGUUCGAAUUCGACGCUCUACACCACGACAAGUAUAUCUCGCUAGACGCUAUCACAGGCUCUCGGAUGGCCGAUCCCAGCCAUGGACGGCAGUUAACCAACUCUUCGGCGGAGGCUCAGUCAGAGGAACAACAGCGGCAGCUGGAGGAACCACGAGUGUUGAUUGACCAGGCGAGCAUUCCCGGCGAGCCAGUCAACGCAUUCGGUAUUCCCCAAGCGACUAUGCGAUGUUUAGAGUUGGCGGAAAGUGUAGGAUCUAUGGCGGACCUGAUUACGUUUGCAAACGAGACGAAGCUGGGACCAUUAGAUGCGCUAGCCAAGUUUGCACAACGGCUUCGCGACAAUGGGGCAACCCUGUUACCUCCUACGAUGGGAGCCAACCAGGUUUUCUUAAACCCAAACCUCAAUAACAACACCAACAACAGUCAUAAUCAAUCUCAGCCUCAACCUCAAAUGAUCACGUUAAACUCGAGUGCCCCUCCUUCCAUUACCACCCCUCAACACAACGCCUCCCAAACGAUCCCGCCACCUCCUAAAGCCACGCUCGCAGGUUCACCACGGACAAUGCCCAAUUCACCACAAAAAGAACAUCGUUCUGUUCCACAGCAAAAUCAAGCUGGGACGUCCGGGGGUUCGGAUGGGAUGGGAUCGGCAGCGUCCCCGGCAGUAUCGACCGCUGAUACGAACACACCUCCUCUGUCACAUUCUUCGCUAAAGCGGAAACAGACUUCGGAUACGUCGUCGCCGGCGAUGUCGAAUGCUGAGGGACCGCCUGCGAAACGAUCGGCGAGGAAACGUGGGCGGACGGGUACAACGGGGGGAGCGGGUUAA